ACUUUAACGUUAGUUUUUGAGGGUCGGCUGUAAUUAACUUACAAUUUACCUUUGAACUCUAUCCUACAGUAAGGGGGACCCAAUGGGAAUGCGGGGUUGUGUGGGGUAGAUCACUUGGGAGAAUUACCUAUGCUGUACAACUAUCCUACGUGGAGAUCUGAACUGGAAGAAAUUAUGGAAGUGGCUGUGUUGGACAGUGAAACCUGGGUAGCAAUGUUGGCAGAAAUUAUGAGAACUUGCCCCUCAACUGGUAAUCUUAACUUGGACAUUAGCCUCCUGUUACCAAACAUUUUGCCUUGAAAAGAAAACCAAAGGCAGCUGCAUUAAGAGCAGAACUCAUUAGCCGUUCUGCUGAUGCACAAGCCAACAUAAAGAAAAGUCAACUGCCAACUGUGCCUGUUAGGUCAAGAGGGAUGCCACGUAAAAUGACUGAUACCACACCCAUGAAAGGAAUCCCAAGUCGUUUGCCUGGUUCUGGUUUAAGAGGGUCCGGAUUAGGUUCUACACCUGUUUCUAGACCCUUAGCUCGUCCUAGUGGUACUCGAAAAGAUGGUGGUAUCAAGCUUUUAGAUAUUACCGAGUCACCCAUUGCUGCACAACAGGCUAAAAAGAGGAGAAAGGUCCAGGAUGCAGCUGCAGAAACAAAAGCAGCAGAGGCAGAAGAAAAAAGAAAAGAAACACAAGCAGGAGAAACCAAGGGAGCAGCUCAACCUCAGCAACAACCUCAAACCCCUCAACAGCAAACUACUCCCGAUUAUGCUGCAGGUCUUACUCCUUCCAAUCCACCGACUCCAGGACCGCCUACACCAUCUGCCACCUUGUUACCUUCAGCUGCAGGCACUACAACCACUUUACACACAAACACUGUAACAGUUGGCAGCACUAUAGCUGCAAGGUCAACUUUGCAGCAGACAACCAAUGGGGAAAGAGCUACGCCAACCACGCCCACUACACCUGCUGGUGCAGCUACCCCACAACGCAUCAUUGUUACUCCUAGUAGUCAGGGAACUGGGUCACCAACUGUAGUUUAUCGUACUGUAACACACAACGCUGCAUUUACUACAGCAGAGGUUGUACAAGCUACACCUGUCACAGUAGCGCCCUCUUCUACAGAUACUGCCUCUGGUCCCCAACCACAGUAUGCAACUUUGCAACCUGUUCAGCCUGAUAUGGUGUAUGCUGCAACACCCUUGACAACCACUACACUGGUUGCUGCACCAGCAACUCCAGUUCAGCAACAACAAGCACAACAGCAGCAGCCAUCACAACCUCAGCCAGCUACGCAAGUUACCACGCCAACGCAAAUCAUCACAUUUACGCCUACAACCACUACGCCACAGGCUGAAAAUCAACAGGCACAACAGGUUCCUGUCAACCAAACAGCUGUUAACACACACCAGCAAAGUCAACAGAAACGUGGCCUUUCUCUUACUAGGGAACAAAUGUUGGAAGCACAGGAGAUGUUUCGCACAAGCAACAAAGUCACUCGACCCGAGAAAGCUCUUAUACUUGGUUUUAUGGCUGGUUCCAGGGAAAACCCAUGUCCUCAUUUGGGUAAUAUUGUAACCAUCAAGUUGAGUGAAGGUGAAGAGACAGUAUCACAGCCUGAUGGAACCUUUGUCACCAUGUUAGCAGAGACCCACUUCCAGAUGAAUUACAACACCGGAGAGUGGAAACGCAUUAAAAAGUAUAGACCAUUGCCUGCCCCAGAGUGAUUAAUAUUUGGAUCGUAUAGAGUUAUUUGCUCCAUGCAUUACUUGAGUGGUAUUAAGAUACAAGUACGACUAAAUGGAGUGUCUGAGCACUUCAAGCGAUUGAUCCUGUAGCUGUCCUUUGAGUGAAGGACAUUGGACAUUGUAUUUGAAUCAUUACAGCCAAAGUAAGUAAACUGUGAUUGCAUAUUUCGUAUCACAUAGGUAAAAAUAAAAAAAGCUGUAUUUUAUUUUUAUUCUUUAUUAAGUACUGGGGCAAAUUGGAGAUUAAGGAUACAGGGGGUCUUGUUAAAAAAUUGAAAUGUAUUCUUAUGUACUGUAUUUGUAGAGUUUAUUCAUAAUGAAUAAUAAAGCUAAGUGCAAUUAAAUUGGCUCUUUUUGAGCCAAAGUCCUGGGAUUUGAAAUGCAUUUAUCAUUCAGCAACAAAGGCAGUGGUGUACCAUUUAUUAAAACAUCAGGA